AUGACUGUCUUCAAGAAUGCGGUAGCAUUGCUAGGGCUGACCAUUGCCGAGCUUGUCCUUGCGAAGGCAGGGAUUGGCGCACGCAUUGCAGCACUGGAGGCGUCCAAUUCUUCCACUCUGCAAUACCCAAGCCAAUUCACGCAAAAUAUCAUGCCCAAACCCAUUCACUCUCACAAUGAUUAUUGGCGAGAUGUGCCUCUGCUCACGGCUCUAUCAUUUGGAGUAACGAGCGUGGAAGCCGAUGUCUGGUUCAUCAACAAUACCCUAUUCGUUGGCCAUGAAGAGGCAGCCUUGACGCCUGACAGGACUUUCGAUUCUCUUUACGUUCAGCCACUUGUCCAAAUCCUCGAACAAAUGAACCCGAAGAACGCGUUCACCGAAGGUCAAACGCGUCCGAAUGGCGUAUGGGAUACCGCUAGUGACAUUCCUCUCCAGCUUCUAGUCGAUAUGAAGACUAAUGGCGAAGCGACCUUGCCACCGGUCCUUGAUGCGUUAAGCCCGUUGCGAGAGCGAGGUUACCUCUCGACCUUCACAGACGGCGCCUUCACGCAGUCUGCAGUCCUGGCAAUUGGCACAGGCAACACACCUCUUGCUCAAGUUCAGGCCCUGUCACCUCGCGACUUUUUCUUCGACGCGCCAUUGACAGGGUUGGAAGACACUGCUGUGAAUUGGGAUCCCACACUGUCGCCCAUUGCAAGCACCGACUUCGCCGCGGCGGUAGGAUGGAAUGGAUUGGGCACGAUAUCCGAUGCUCAGCUCAGCAACUUGACCAAAUUUAUCAACGACGCGAAAGCAAGAGGGAUCAACUCGAGGUUCUGGAAUACGCCUGAAUGGCCGGUCUUCGCCCGAGAGAAUAUCUGGAGAGUGUUACUGAACAAUGGAGCGUUCUGGUUGAACGCUGAUGACCUUGAAGCUGCGAGCCAAUUUUAA